GGAGGAGGAGGAGGAGGAGGAGGAGGAGGAGGAGGAGGAGGAGGAGAAGAAGAAGAGAAAAAAGACCAGCUUCCAGAGAACCCCGUCCCCUCUGCCAUCUUGCGAGCCUCCAUCUGUUCCUUGUCUCCAUUCCGUCGUCACAGCUGGGAGCCGGGGCGGAACAACGCCGGCGCAGAGACAGACAUCGCACAGCGCAGCUUGUUGAAGAGUCUGUCAGGAGAGGUGAAGAGAGCCAAGCCCCCCCUCCACCGGAGAAGCAUGAGCUGGUGUCCAUCCAACCUGCGUCGCCCUGAUCAGGAGCAGAUAGACAACGGAAGCUACAGUCUGGAGGGUCUGGAGGUGGAGAGGGGAGCGGUCCGGGCUCAGUGCCCCAGCCUCUGCGAUCAGGAGGAGAAGAGGGCCGUGGGGAGGAGUCACGGCCAGGAGAGAGGCUCGUUGGUCUCCCUCACCGAGGAGGAGCAGGAAGGAGAAGUAAGCAGCAUGAAUAGCCAGACAUCACAUCAGCUACUGUCCGUGAAAAACAGCUGUCCCACCAUGUUCCAUCACCAGACCCUCACCAAAUCCAUCUCCAUGGUUACCAUCAGUCAACGUGAUAUAGAUGGGGGCAGCACAUUCUCCAGUAACUCCGGGCCACUGGAAUACAGUAUUUCAGAGGAGGAGCCGGGCCCUCUGAGGAGCGACACCGAGGCAAAAGGAGGACCUAAAAUCAGCCGGACCUUCAGCUAUAUCCGCAGCAAAAUGACCAAGAAGAGCAAGGAGAAGGAGAGGAAAGGGGAGAGGGAGCGGGAGAGUAAAGAGAGAGAAAAGAAGAGUGCAAACGGUCACCUCUUCAUCCCCAUCAGCCCCUCUCCGUCCACGGCCUGUCAGCACUGCAUCAAACUCCUGCACCACAAGGAAACUUUCCUCUGCAACAACUGUGGAGCCCAUGUCCAUAAGUGCUGCAGAGAGAAUCUGUCCGUUUGUACAAAGAGCAAAACAAAGCAGCAGUCGCUGGUGCCAGAAGCUGUUCCUGGGUCAGCUGUUAACAUAAGGAGUAAAUCGACAUCUUCAGCAUCAUCCAUAUCCUCCACAUCCUCCUCAUCGUCACGGGAACGCUGGUCCACAGCAACCACCCCUGACGAUCAGCCCCCUGUGAUUUUCCCAUGGAGACCCCCCAGUCUCUUCAACCCACACAGUAACCUUGCCAAGAGCAUCUCCACCAGCAACAUAGCAGGGUUAGAUGAAGUCUCACUGAAAGGCCUGAAGUUUCUGUCCCAGUCCACCGACUCUCUCCAUAAGGUCAAUGCCUCGACUGAGUCCCUCACCGAUGAAGGUACAGAGAUGAUGGACAGUCAGCUGAUGGGAGAGUUUGAGUGCGACACGAAAGAUCUGGAAGCCGACUCCUGGAGUGGCACAGUGGACAAGAAGUUCUUGAAAACGUUGAAGAAAGACGAAAUUGAGAAACAAGACGUCAUAUACGAGUUGUACCAGACAGAGUUCCACCAUGUGAGGACGCUGAAGAUCAUGUCUGAAGUUUACUACAAAGGCCUUCAGAAGGAGCUGCAGCUCGACACUCACACUCUGGACAAGAUUUUCCCAGUUUUGGACGACAUGUUGGACACGCACACACAUUUCCUCACCCUGCUCCUAGAGAGGAAGAGAGCUUCAGCAACCGAGGGACAAAACAACAAUGGCUUCCUCAUCUUCAGCAUCGGGGACGUCCUGCUCAACCAGUUUUCAGGCUGCAGUGCUGAUCGCAUGAAGAAGGUUUACGGGAAGUUCUGCAGUCGCCACAACGAGGCCGUCAACCUCUACAAAGACCUGCACGCCAAGGACAAGCGCUUCCAGGCUUUCAUCAAGAGAACGAUGAGCAGCAGCAUCGUGCGGAGACUCAGUAUCCCAGAGUGCAUUCUGUUGGUCACUCAGAGGAUCACCAAAUAUCCCGUUCUCAUCCAGAGGAUACUUCAGCACACAAAAGACUCCGAGGAAGACCACGGCUGUGUCUGCGAAGCUCUGCGCUGUGUGAAGGAGCUGAUCAUGGCUGUGGACAGCAAAGUCAACGAGCAGGAGAAGAAGCAGAGGCUGAGGGAGGUCUACAGUCGCACCGACAGCAAGUCCAUCAUGAGGAUGAAGAGCGGCCAGAUGUUUGCUAAAGAGGACCUGAUCAGAGGGAGGAGGCUGCUGCACGAAGGAGCGCUGCAGCUGAAGAACUCCGCCGGACGCCUCAAAGAUGUCCAGGCCAUGCUCCUGUCGGACGUGUUGAUCUUUCUUCAGGAAAAAGACCAGAAAUAUGUCUUUGCCUCAUUGGACCAGCGCUCUACGGUCAUCUCUUUGCAGAACCUGAUAGUCAGAGAAGUGGCCAAUGAGGAGCGAGGUCUGUUCCUGAUCACAGCUGGUAUAGAGAGACCAGAGAUGGUGGAGGUGUUGGCCAGCAGCAAGGAGGAGCGCAACACGUGGAGGGCUAUCAUCCAGGACGCCAUGCACUGCAUGGAGAAAGACGAGGACGAGGGAGUCCCCAGUGAGACGGAAGAGGACAGGAGGCAGCAGGAGAACAGAGCAAAGGAGAUCCGAGAGCUUCUACGACGGAAAGACGAGCAGAUCCUCUCUUUAUUGGAGGAGAAGGUCCACAUCUUCAGGGACUUGGGCGACUGCAGUCCCGCCCCCGACGACCCAAACCCACCAGUCAGGGAGCGGAUGUUGUUCAUGGCAACACCUGACGACGUCACAAAGGGGGAGCCAAUCAUGAAGGAUGCCCUGCGGGAAGUGGAGAUCCUGCAUGGUUUAGUCAGCAGCGGUGUCGGUGGAGCAGGCUGCAGUGCUCCAGUCGGCCUGACAGGGGGCAGCGUGGGACCGGUAUGUCUGCCCAGGAGAGCGGAGACAUUUGGAGGCUUUGACAGUCAUCAGAUGAACAGCAGCAAGAAUGGAGAGAAGGAAGAGGGGGAUGAAUCACUGGACCUCCGCAGGACUGAGUCAGACAGCGUGUUGAAGAAGGGAGCCACUGCCAGCCUUCAGAUGUUGCUGAAGAGGAACAAUGAGCAGGUGGAGCACAGUGUGACACAUCUCCACGACAUGCUGAUUUCACUGCAGGCCGUGGUGGUCCAGCAGGACUCGUAUAUCGAGGACCAGCGGCAGACGCUGAGCGAACGGCUCACCGCUAAUUCCUCCAGACACUCGUCCUCCUCCUCGCUCUCGUCCUCCUCCUCGUCCCGCCCCUCCUCCCUCAUCGAGCAGGAGAAACACAGGAGUCUGGAGAGACAGCGGCAGGAGGCGGCCACCUUGCAGAAACAGCAGGCCGCACACCAGGAGGAGAAGAGGAGGAGAGAGAAGGCAUGGGAGCUGAAGGAGAAAAGUCUAGGAGAGCGGGAGGAGAGGCUGAGGGCGGACGAGGAGCAGACCAGGAGUAGGCACCGGCAGGUGACGGAGGAGUGGGAGAUGCUGCAGCGGAGGAAAGAGGAGUACCAGGUGGAGCUGGAGAGGCUGAGGGAGGCGCAGAGGAGGCUGGAGAGAGACAAGGACUCCCUGAGGAGGGACACUGAGAGACUGGAGGCCAUGAAGAGAGACGAGUCGGAGCAGCAGCAGCGGUACCAGCGGACUCCCUCCACUACCUCUGAUGACUCCAUAAGGUUCCACAGCUCCGGGUCUCUGGAUCUGGACUUGAAAGAAGCGUCCGAACAGCCGAAAGUGGUGGAGCCCUCGUCCUCCGCCCCUACCAAAGAGCCUUUCCUCCGCAUCGGAUCCAAGAGGAUGGGAAAAAACUUUAACCCCUUCUCCUCGUCCGCCUCCUCCAAGGGAGCGGAGAAGGAGUCCCAGCUCCCCAACCGACUGCUCCAGCUGGCCAAACCCAAGGAGAAGAAAGACAAAAGGAAGAAGAAGGGCAAAGGAGAGCAGACACAGACAGAGAGCAAAGUUGCAGUGAUGUCGGAUCCUCAGAAUGACGGGGACAUCUUCUUCUGCUGAGGACGGGGGACCACGCACAUGUGAACUCCGAACCCCCCCAGUGUCCUCCUAACUCUCUAUUUGGAUAUGAAAGGCCCACGUGGGGUCUUCUUUGCAGACACUGUCCCGACCUCAGGGGCCCGACUCACCUGCAUGCGCCCCGGGCCAACACAAGCACUGACAGUCUCCAGGUGAAGUCACGUUGAGCUGCUGAUUCAAUCAAGAGGACUUUGAUCGACAAAUACGCCAAGACCCCCCCCCCCCUCCACCAUGAACAAGUGCCAUGUCUUUCAGCUAUCUCAUCCAUGAGCAGUUCCACAGUCUUGAGUCCCACACUGAGCUUUUAAUCCGUACAUUUGCCUCAACUCCCGGCUUCAUCCGUCAGGCUGUCCAACAAGCCAUAAGUGUCUUCAGCUGUUAGCGACCCCCGAAGGAGUCCGCGCUGUGUGCUGAGGUCAGCAGUGCGUGUGGUCACACGGGCUUCCAGGUGCAAUCGAUCGGCGACACGCGGAGUGGUCGGGACACAAGACUGGAGUGGGGAAUGAUCACCAAAGACUUUCUAGUGCCUUAAGUCUCUGAUAUAGUCUCCGCCGAUCUCUAGAAACUCCUCAUUGGAGAGAGAAAGAAUCCUCUUUAAUCGCAUCUUCAAAUCACAGCAGUGCAACUGUAACUGCAGCUCAACAGGAUCAGGAAUACAGAGAUUUUAAACAUGCACUUUAUAGACACACACACACACACACACACGAGAGAGACUGGUGCUUAAUUUGUAGGGUCUGUCAUUUCCCCCUUGAUAAUGUAAUCAUAAUUUGUCAGUAAUUUGGUACUAAACGCAGGGGAGAUGGAAUCAUCCCGAAUAGAUUAGCGCCAUUUAAAUCCAAGAUAAUCUGCCUUUCUCUAUGGAAAUCUUUAGUCUGAAUAUAUGUUCAAUUGUAUUGUGAAAGUACGGAAUCCCAAGGAGUCGUUGAGAAACGGAACAAAACGUGUUGAUCAGUCAUUUCUGUUUUUAUGACUGAGCUCGUGGUUCUCUCUGGACUCCAGAUGCCUUCAGCAGCUCUCCAGAAGCUUUCGACCAUUCUGAGCAUCUCCAACAUCCAUGUUGAUGUCAAUCAAUUUGGAGUAAUGUUGCAUACAUUUGCCACUGUGUUAUAAUUGUCGAUAUCAGAAGCAAAAUACUAAUAAUACUUUGUAGAAAGUCUUCAAAAGAGACAAUCAGCGAGUUUACUCUCUACUUAGUAAUAAAUAAGGGAAAUGAGCUCUGUGUUUUAGGAGGACGCCCUCUUGUUUGCUGGUGUAACUUCCAGUCGUCAUGUUCAACACGUCAUCUGUAACACGUUGAAACUCAUCAGGAGUUAAGUGGGUAAAAGAUGCUUCCUUUCCCCAAUCAACGGAAGUGGAUUCCACCGAGAGAGAAGAGGCUUACAUCCAGUUCCUUUAACGUCUAGUAUAUUUACUGGGGUUUUGUAUUAUUGUUGAAUUUAUAGUAUCGAUCAAAAGCCAGGUUCAAUCCAGAGCCAGACUAAUUUUUGGAUGAAUAAUCCUGAAUGUAUUGAAUUUAAUGUGUGAAUAGAACUCAGCAAUGUUUUGUUUUUUUAACUCCAACAUAAUUUAUAGUUUAUGUUAUUGGAAAGACAAUGCAUUGGAUCACGAGUGAAAUGAGGAUAACUAUUUAAAAAUGGUUUCUCUCCAAAUAACUUUACAGAUACUUUAAUACUUUAAAUCUACUUACAAUCCCGUUGAGUCUCUGCACUGCAGUGCAGAUAUCCCCGUUAUUUUUGAAUGUGUCUGAAAAGGACAAAUGGAUCCAAAGCUCAGUAUACGUUAAUACCCAACCCCAUCCCCAAAAGCCUGCUCCCCUCCUCAUCCUCUGCGUGAUAACAACUCCCGGCUUUGGAUUCGCACUGCAUUCAUUUUCUGCUGAGGAGCGUUCGCGGCGCGGGAGGUCUCGAGAAUAAUAUUUCGUUGAGAGAAGCUCAUUUCUAGCUGAAAGUUAGAGUUUCUUGGUUCCCCGCAGCGCCUCUCUCCCUGUCUGUGUGUGUGUGUCCGUGUGUGUCUGUGUGUGUGAGCAGUUUGUCUUCCUUUCAGUCUCAAGCAUUCAAGGGCAAAGAAAGCCUUAAGAAAACACGCUUAUUUUUCUCUCUAAAACCAGCGAUAUAUUUCAAGAUGACCACGCAGCCUUGAUAGCAUUCAAACGAGUGACCUGUUAUGUGCCUAAGUGCCUUAAAGCAACAAAAAAAAGGGCAAAAAGAUAAUAUUUUUGCGUUAUUAACUAAUCGAUCUCUGUUUACUUAAUUAAACACUGUUUGCUUGAAGCUAUAACCGUCCCUGUUCUAUCACCGGCUGACCGGAAUGGGGACUGAAACACUCUUUGAACAACUAGCUGCUUUAGCCAUCGAGCUAACGUCGCUAAACAAGCUUUCAGGCCAUUUGAAGACUAGAGAGCUGCUUAGCUAGCCAGAUUAAAAAGAAUAAACCAUAAACAUGGCUCAGAUUACAUGUUGAUUCGUGGAGACGUUAUUAUGUCACGCGUUAGCUUUGAAGCUACGGCUAGCAGCAGCAGCCUCUUUGGCGUCUUGGCUAGAAGGAGCAUUUUGGAUGGUUGUUUUUUGUCUUCCCCUUUCAGUGAUGAUUAAUAUCAACAAAACACAUUAAAAAAAUUGCUUUGAUAUAUAAAUAUUUUUUUUUUAAAUGGGCUAAUUGGGAUUCCAGUCGUACUGAAAUACAAAUUCAGCCUUGCAUGCGUUCAGUAGAUGAACUGUUAUGAAAUGGAUCCGAUCAAAAAACCAAAACUGCUGAAUUUAAGUCUAAGAUUGCAAAACCUUGUUAAUUUAUUACUUUUGUUGUGUUUAAUGUGUUGGAUCGGGUUGUGCCGCAAGUAUUUUUAUAAGUAUGUUUCUAAUGACUAUUGAAUGAGUAUUUAGAAAUUCCCACUGAUGCACAGUAUUCGGUGUAAUGCUGCACUAUAAAUUCAGCUACUUAAGCUCUAUGAAACUUCAGAAAGAUUAACAAGCACGCAGUCCAAAUCUAUUCGGCUUCACACAAAAAAGAAACAAGGUUUCCUUUCUUUCUUUUAUUUAUCUUUAUUGCAACACUGUUCUGCAUUUCAAGUUGAAGGAUUCUUAGUCAGAGUAAAUCCCAGUAGCUCGUUCACAUGGAGUCCUGCUGAGAAGAGGGAGAUUAAUUUAAAUACCAAUUUACACUUGUCAACCAGCCCCCUCUCCGGUCCAGAUAACCUCCCAAAGUGACGUCCUUUGGUGGGUUUCAGUGUCCUGUCGUUUGUAAUGAGUGGAAAUGAGUCCGCUAGAGGAUGCAUUUAGGCCUGCUCUCCAUUGUUUUCCCUCUUGUACGCUUCAACACACAAUCUGCAGCUUUUGGAUGCCUGAAGCAUAAUAAGCUAAAAUCACAGAAACGAUGUAUGAUCAUGAGUUUAGUGGCAGUUUGAGUCCGGGAGGCCCGGCUCGCUCCUCCACAUUGUUACCAUUCAGCGUGCACUAGAUUUGUACUAAAACCGCUCAUAAGGAAUAAUACAUACUCACAUUAAACCACAGUUUUUGUACUGUGAGGUUUUUUUAAAUGUAUCUGUACUAAAAAAACAAAAAAGGUACAAAGUUUAUUUUUCUCGUUUUUAUGUACAAAGAAAAAAGGGCAAAGCAACACAUUUUGUAAAUAUGUUUGAUGUAAAAAUUUGAACUUCCAAAGUACUGAUAACUGUGGAUUUUGUUUAGUUGGAUGAUUGUUUUUUUUGUUUUUAAAAAAAUAAAUAAUAAAGCUUUAUUUAUAUCUCCC